ACCUGGAGAAGCUGUCUGUGGCGGACGACGACCUGGGAAAACCGGGCUUUUUUUACCCUUAUCUACAAUCAAGGCUUCGAGGUGGUCCUCAACGACUACAAGUGGUUUGGCUUCUUCAAGUACUCUGAGAAGGGCUCGGAGGUGACCAGACUCUGCUAGGCUGGGUCCAUGAUUCUCUGGGGAACAACUGGGCCUGCUUCACUGCCAAGAGGCUAAUCCCAGUACCCCUUCACUCUGUGCGCACACCUCUACUCUCACAAUGACCUCCUCUUCGUGUGGUAGCUGCUAUUUUUCCUCGACGGGCAUGUUGGCAGCUCGUGUCAGGAUCCAAACAACACUGAGACGCCAGUCUUCAGUCCACAGCAGGUUGUCUCCUGCUCCCAGUACUCACAAGGUUGUGACGGUAGUUUCCCCUACCUCAUUGGAAAGUACAUCCAGGACUUUGGGGUCGUGGACGAGUCGUGUUAUCCGUACAUUGGGAAGGAUUCUCCUUGUGACCUUCCCAAUGCCUGUCUCUGCCACUACAGCUACGUGGGAGGGUUCUAGAGGUUGCACUGAGUCUGCAUUGAUGCUUUAACUGGUCAAGCAUGGCCCCAUAGGGGUGACCUUUGAGGUGUAUCCUGACUUCAUGCACUAUAAGGAGGGUAUCUAGCACCACACGGGCCUCCAUGACUCCUUACAACCCAUUUGAGCUGACCAACCACACGGUGCUGCUGGUGGGCUACAGCCACUGUCACAUGACUGGUCAGAAGUUCUGGGUGGUGAAGAACAGCUGUGGGGCGAGGGGGGGCUUCUUCAGGAUCUGACGAGUGUGCCAUUGAGAGCAUCACCAGCCAAGCCCAUUCCCAAACUUUAGAGGGGAGGUUGUCAAAUUUAUUUUCCCAAUUGGAGGUUAACCUGAUACUUUGGCCCCGAGUCUGAAAUGUUUUUUGUUUUGAAGUUGCGUUUGUGUAGCUGAUAGAAGCUCAAUCAAAUGGCUGGAACAUUGAUAUAAAUAAUCAGUAACUGAAGCUUUUCAACUUGCUUGCUAGACUUGGCUCCUUGCCAACCAAAGAUGCAUUCUUGGGAAUGAUGCCUAAAGGGAACCUGCUUCAAUCCCCAAUGUAACUGGAAUUUGUAGUUCGGUGUCUGAUAGGAGGACCUCUGCUCUUUAUCUCAGGGAAGCACAGGGGAGAUGACCCUUCCCUGUCAUCUCCAUAUGUCCUCUCUGCUAUGUCAUCUGUCCUCAUCUGUGUGAUAUGUCUCCUGGGAACCUUCAGAAGGGAUUGCUGUCUCAUCAGUGUAGAAAGGGAUACAAUGUCAGUGCCUUGCUGUUUCUCUCCUUUCAGAAGUGGUUGUGUUAGACAUAUCCUGUAGUUUUACAAUAAGUUCAUAUGAUGCAAAGAUUUGCACAGUUUUUCUGUUUUGAAAUAAAACUAAAGUGUUUUUCUUUUUUUUUUAAACAAUUAUGUCCCCUUCUGACAAAUAUAAUAGGUUUCCCACUGUAUGCACAACUCUAUGGCUAGAACAAUGCAGGUCUUGCAAAUCCUUUUUCUGGAGUUGCACAACUAACUCAGAUAUAUGGAGAGGAACAAACUCAAGGAGAGACUUCAGUCUUCAGAUUGGGUAGCCCAGCCCCACGCGCUCACGUCUCUGACCUCGCGCUGAGCCUGGCGAGUCACAAGGUCCCGAUGUUCACUUUUCUUCCCCACUUCUCUGGGCGUUCCUUCCGGAUCGUUAGCGCGCACCGCUCCUCAUUCUCGCGCCUUAUCUUCUCCCCCUCUCCCCUCACUACGUAUUAAUGCUCUACCGUAGCGCUCCGCGGUCGCCAUGCAGAAUAACUACAAGGAGCACCUCUAUAAGAUCCUGGUAAUAGGGGACCUGGGGGUGGGGAAGACUAGCAUCAUCAAGCGCUAUGUUCACCAGAACUUCAGCCCCAACUACCGGGCCACGAUAGGAGUGGACUUCGCCCUGAAGGUCCUCAACUGGGACCAAGAGACUGUUCGGCUACAGUUAUGGGACAUAGCAGGUCAGGAGCGAUUUGGGAACAUGACGAGGGUCUACUACCGUGAAGCCAUGGGGGCGUUCAUCGUUUUUGACAUGACGCGGCCUUCCUCCUUCGAGGCUGUCACCAAGUGGAAGGAGGACCUGGACUCUAAACUCACACUGGCCAAUGGGAAAAAUGUGGCCGCUGUGCUAUUGGCUAAUAAGUGCGACCAGGGGCGGGACGUGCUGACCAACAACGGGAUCCAGAUGGAGAAGUUCUGUCAGGAGAAUGGUUUUGUGGGAUGGUACGAGACCUCUGCCAAGGAGAAUAUGAAUAUAGAUGAAGCAGCUAACUGUCUGGUGAAGCACAUCAUCGCCAACGAGAAUGAUAUCCUCCAAUCAGAAGUCCCUGACACCGUCUCUCCGCAAUUAAACUCUGUCAGGGGUGGGACCUGCUCCUCCUGUUUCAAAUCAUAGACCACCACUACAGACCACCACUACACACCACCACUACACACCACCACUACACACCACCACCACUACACCACCACCACCACUACACACCACCACCACCACCACCACCACUACACACCACCACCAUCACUACACACUCCUCCACCACCACCACCUCAGAGACUAAGGUGCAGAUAGUCACUGAGGUGAAAAUAGUCUUUAAAGUGCAGAUCGUGUGUAUGUGUCACAGGAGGUUGGUGGCAGCUGUAUUGGGGAAGACUGGCUCUUAGUAAUGGCUGUAACAAAAUAAAGGGAAUGGUUUUCAUGUGUUUGAUACCAUUCCAGCCAUCCUCGCCUCAACAGCCUCCUGUGGUUUGUGUUCGCUGUGUGUGUGUUUUUGUGUUUAUUUAUGGCUUUGGGAUUUUAUCAGAGACGAGGUCACCCUCAUGGCGACUCAGAGCCUUGUUGCCGUCUCCGCAACCAUGGAGACAGAGCUAACGAAGACACACUCCGCAGGUACUUCUGUUAAACGAUUCACCCCAUACAUCCGUCCUUCAGUCUCUCUUUAUUUAUCUCUCCCUCUAUCCAUCACCUCUUCCCCUGCAUCUCUAUGUUUCACUCUCUGUUGUCUCUUUUUCCCUGACUACAACUCCCAUGUUUCCCACAUUGAACCAAUCACUUUUAGAAGGCUUUACCACAGAGUCUGUAACACAGUACAGUACUUCCAGACCACUCCAGUAUUUCACAGUACAGUACUUCCUUGCCAGGCCACUCUGUCCAUUCCAGCAUGGCACACGACAGUGGGCUUCAGACACAUGCUCUGUUUAAUAUUGUUGAAUAAUCUGGGUUUAUUCAUUAUGGUACUGUUAUGUCAAUGAUAUAUUAUGUUCUCAGUGCAUUAAAGAUGACCAAGAUGUUGAUAUAUACAUGGACUGUUGCUGUUGCUUUUAUAAUGUAGAAUGUAUUGUUUUUAUUUAAUAUUGUGUUUAAAUGAACUGCAACACAUCAUCAUGAAGUGGCAGCAUACCACCCUGCAUACCGCUGCCGGCUUGCUUCUGAAGGCAAGCAGGGUUGGUCCUGGUCAUGGGAGACCAGAUGCUGCUGGAAGUGGUGUUGGAGUGCCAGUAGGAGGCACUCUUUCCUCUGCUCUAAAAUAAUAUUCCAAUGCCCCGGGGCAGUGAUUGGGGACACUACCCUGUGUAAGGUGCCAUCUUUCGGAUGGGACGUUAAAAUGGGUGUCCUGACUCUGAGGUCAUUAAAGAUCCCAUGGCACUUAUC